UGUCAGAAAUUAUAUCAAAUACAGAAUGAAUAUUUAUAGACAAAAUUUUAUAUAAUGAACAUUGUGCGAAAGCUGCGAACGGGUCAGCAGCGGGCAGUCCUCGGGCUUUGGCAGCGUUGUGCCUCGAAGGAUCAGUCGAAGAAUCCGCCUAAAAAUCCACCGAAAGACCAGGCGAAGAAUCAGCCGAAAGGCCAGCCUCAGAAUCAGUCCAAGGAGCAGUCAAAGAAUCAAUCAAAGGACUGCGGCCAGCUGCAGGCGAGCAAUGUCUGCGGCAAAUCAGGAGAAUCCUCCAAGGGAACAGGCAAACCAUCAGGCAAAGGUUCCGACAAAGCCAAAGCCGCUGACAAGCGCAGAAAGGUGACCAUGAUCGAUGGCGAUGGUGUGGGCCCAGAGCUGACGAAAGCCGUGCAGGAGGUUUGCUGUGCGGCCAAGGUGCCCAUCGAAUGGGACAUCUUCCACGAGCAUCGAGCAGCGGACAGCGAGGAUGUGUCGCCGCAGCUGCUGGAGUCGCUGUGCGGCAACAGAAUCGGCAUAGCCGGACCCAUCAAGAGCCACCUGUGGGCGGACAAGCUGCGCAAGGAGCUGAACCAGUACGCGUACGUGUCGGUGUGCAAGCACCUGGAGGGGCAGGAGUCGCCGUACGGCAAGAUCGACUGCGUGAUCGUGCGGGAUCAGUUCGAGGGCGAGUACUCGGGCAUCGAGCAUCGGGUGGUGCCCGGCGUCAUGCAGACCAUCAAGGUGAGCACCUUCGAGGGCUCCACGCGCCUCGCCAAGUUCGUUUUCCGCUACGCGCUGAAGGAGAAGCGCAAGAAGAUCACGGUGGCCCACAAGGCGAACAUUAUGCAGCUGACCGACGGCAACUUCCUCGAGGCCAUGCACGCGGAGGCCGACAAGCAUGUGCAGGAGGUGCGCUUCGAGGAGCGCUACCUGGACACGGUCUGCCUCAACAUGCUGAUGCGGCCGGCCAUCAACGAUGUUCUCGUGUCCUCCAGCAUGUACGGCGAUGUCAUCAGCACCAUUGGCGGCAGCAUGAUGGGCGGCAUCGGCAUGUGCCCCGGCUAUGCCGUCAGCCCCAAGGGUCAGCUCUACAACUGCCAAAUCACGCCGCGCGAUGACAUGGCCGGCAAGGAUCUGGUCAAUCCCACAGGCUUUCUGCUGGCCACCGUGCUCAUGCUGCGCGAACUGGAGCUGCACGAUCAUGCCAGCAGGAUACAGUGCGCCAUAGAAACGCUGUACAAGGACUCGGAGCUACGCACUCAGGAUCUGGGCGGAGAGGCCAAGUGCUCGGAGUUUGUGCACGCACUGUGCGAGCUGCUGAUCAGCCAGAAUGGGUGAAAAUUAGCAGAUCUUUCGCUCAGUGUAGAAAAAUUA